GUACGGUUAGCGACCUUCGAGCACGGUACCCUGAAAAGACAAGCGCGUUACUCAGAUGGUGUGCAGUGACCAGUUACCAAGAAGUUAACCGCAAAUAUUGUGGCCUACAGCAAAGUGAUAAUGAGACAAAUAUAACAGCACUUUGCUCCGAAAGUUACACAAUCAAUUCCACACGCUAACCACGAUCAAUUUAUGUUACCAACUGGUCGACAAUGCUACACCGUACACGAACUCAGAAGCUAUAGUAGCUACCUAUGUAAGCAAAAAACGCAUGCACUGCAAGCCACGCAUACGUCACUUAUUUCGCCAGGUAUUCGAGAUGAGAUGAUAUCAUUCUAUAUCGUACGAUCCACCGGUUUCUUUCGUCUUCCCCGGCGGCGGCGACUGUGCUCGCUCAGUGCCAGCCGUGUGUUCGGACGUUGUGGAUGUGUUGCCGGCCGCUACUGACCGCCUCCCGCCAACUUUUCGGAAUCCGUACAACUUUAUGAAUGAAAUAAUAAUUAUUUACGACUUUUGUGAGCUGUUGUGCUGUUCGUGACAUUUAUUGCGAUUGUGUUCGAGUGUUACUUGUGUAUUUGAGUUUUUUUUUUGUGCCGAUUUGGAGUGCUGCAAAGAUUGAAAAUGGAAUUGAAACCGCCAAAACCGAAGAAAAAAUCGAGCGUGGCGCGUCUAAUAACAUGGAGCAAAAUGUAUCGGACGCCAUUACUGUUGCUGCUUCUACUCGGAACCACAAGCUGUGACGAAUCAGAAUCCAGUGAGGACCUUGACAUUCCAAAUUCGAACAGUUCAAAUUUAAAAAUCAUAGACAAUGUUCUAAAUAAUAAUUUGAAAUUCAGACAUCAGCAUUCAUUUACUCAGCCAAGUCUGAAUAACAGUGAAAAACAAAUGCUCAGUGACAUUAAAUAUUUAAGGAAACAUUUAAAUAGGGAGAUAGUUAAUUUUGUGAUGACAGAUUCUUUAGUUGAUGGUGAAGUGGAGAUUAGAGUGCACUAUAAUGGAGUUACAGCUAAGGAGACCUCUGUUGGAGCUGAUGGACAUGGGCUCAAACUCCGCCAGCUGACAGACGGUCGCCAUCUUAUCCAAGUAAUAUACACGCCAAAUGGCGACAUCCAAGACUGCGAAGUGAUAGCGCAAGGAAAGUCCACCAGAAACUUCCUGAGAUACCUUCGGAAAGAACUAAAAUUAGCUUUGGACGAGGAGAAUUAUAGGAUAUUACAGAAAGAUUACAAGAAUAGUGAUGAACAGAAGUUUUAUAGAGAUUUUGGCAACGUGACAUUCAGGUUACUGAAGAGUGGGGACGACGUGCCGCGCGAAGUGGCGUCGUGGUUAGAUUAUGAUAAAUUGAAGGCGGAGUGUUUGAGGAGGCACGAGGAACUGAGGUACAUGAUGGAGACCAGAAAUAAGGUGUCAUCAAACUCUAUGGCAAGGUCGCGGCGGUCCAUGCGGGAGAAUUUCAUAGUGCCUGGGACGAAAUGGUGUGGGGCAGGUCAGCUGGCUGAACAAUACCACGAACUCGGCGCUGAUAGGACAGAAGACCGCUGUUGUCGAACCCACGACAAUUGCAGGGUUAAUAUCGGCGGUUUUAAACGAAGAUUCGGGUAUUUCAACUUUAGACCGUUCACGAUUUCUCACUGCAGAUGCGAUAGGAGAUUCCGCGCGUGCCUGAAACUAGCUGACACAUCCGUCUCAAACAUGGUUGGGAAACUAUUCUUCAACAUUGUCCAAACGAAGUGCUUCGUGCUCAAACCGGUGAAGGCAUGCACCAAGAGGUCGUGGUGGGGGAAGUGUUUGCGACGAGGAUAUACAAAACAAGCCUUCCUGAGGGACAAUCUUCCAUACUGAAAAAUUGUAUAUCGGCAAUAACUUUAUGUGUAGACGUCACGCGCACGGCGCAAGCCCGAAAACCGCGACGCGAUCCCAUCUGUCAGUUUUUUCCCCGCUAUGGGAUAUUUAAAAAAUAUUGGGCGUGUAAAUUAAAUUCUUACCAGAGUGUAGUCUUUUAAUAAUAAUUUACACUUUUGUGUCUAGUGUCGAACGGUAAUGAAUUCGAAAAAAUAAGAAAAAUGUAAAGUUUCCUCAUGAUACGUGUUGGCAACACUGUCUAUUUUAUUCUCACAACUCUUAUUGUAAACAAUCUUACCAUGUCUUUUCGUGAUGUUACAGCAAUAUAAAUUAAAAUAUACUUAUUAGGAAAUUACUUGCGUGUUUUAUAAAUGUUUCACUUUAUUAGAACUUAUAUGUUUGAACUAAUAUAAUUGAUUUAUUUUCGAUAAAAUUUAACAAUUUUUACUAUGAAGAUUGAUUACUAGGACAGGUAAGAAAAAAUAGGAGUGUAAUAAAAAAA